AUGGAAAUUACACGAUCUCUGCGAGCGAUUCUUCGUGACACACCUGGAAUUCAGUAUAUUUUCGUUACCGACAAGGAAGGAGUGCCGAUUGUCGGAGUCAGUGAAUCUUCAGGUGAAGAAUUCCGUAAUCGUGCGCAAUUGAUCAACAGCUAUCAAUUGGCUGUCGAACAGACAGCAAAGCUGAAUAUGGGUGAACAGAAAACGGCCAUAUUUCGUUAUGAAACCAGCGAGUUGGUUGUACUGAAUAUUAAACCGUUAGUUGUUUAUGUGGUGGCCAGUUCGGAGUGUCCAAUUGGAGUUCUUCGGCAACUGAGAGUACCUCUGGAACCAAUCGUCAACGAAAUUGCUUCAGCCACUAACAUUCCGAUUGCUUGA